GCCGACUCUCAGUCAACUGCUGAACGCAGUCAGUCUGGUGGGGGUUAACAAAACAAAAGGUAAAGGCAAAAAAAAAAAGAAAAGCAUCUGUCUCAAAGCCACUAGCAUACCCUGGAAGAGUUAGUGUUUAGAUGUUUACAGGUCCUUUAUGAAGAAGAAAAAUGAGACUCAGGUCUCAAAGAACGGUUGCACCUUGUUCGGAGACUCCGAAGAGCAACCACCGCCGGUCAAGAGCGACACCCAGACGAAGGCGCCCAUCGGUGACCGAAAGCCCGCUUCAAACCAAGGUUGAGGAGACUUUGGAUAAAGACUCCCACCAUUCAGAUGAUGAUGUUCCCACAAUGACUCGGCGACCGCUGCCUCGCGGCCGGGCAAGGAAAAGAGCUAUCGCUGUUGAGGACAGAGAAACAGAUCUGGCCUUCAAGACUCCGAUCAGGCCUAUCAUGCGCCAUGAGCGCAUACUGUCAGAGACCAACGCAGUAUCUCCUUGCAACUCAACAGCCAGAAACAUCUACUCACCCAUCGUGCGUUUCCUCACACCCAGCAAAGAGAAUAUGAAGUGUGCAGGUACUGGACACAAUGUGUUGAUGAGCCCAGAACAAGGUGUAUUUGGUUAUGGCUCCAUUGACCUUCUGGCUGGAGACGAGGAUGAUGACGUCUUCAGUCCAUUUACGUUCAUCAAGAACAUACCGUCACGGUCUCAGCAUUCCCAACCCCGGCUCAGAGAUAUUCCCCCCAAGACGAGGAGCACUCCAGAGGCCACACUGGUGGUUGAUCUGGAGGAGACCCUGAUGUUCAGCUCUCUGAGCGUGAUCGAGGACGCAGAGUUCACCUUCCACACGUCUUUCCAGGACCAUCAGUACAAGGUGCACAUGAUUCUGCGACCACACGCGAAAGAGUUUCUACAGUCCAUGGCAAAAAUCUAUGAGCUGUUUGUUUACACAUGUGCAAAGAAGGAGUACGCUGAGAAGAUACUGGACAUCCUGGACCCGCAGAGAAAACUGUUUCGACAUCGUCUGUAUCAGGACGACUGCGCCUGUGUCCUCGGUCACUACAUCAAAGAUCUCAGCAUCCUGGGGAGGGACCUCACCAAGACGGUGGUUCUGGACAACGCACCACACACAUACCCGUACCAUCUGAUGAACACGAUCCCCAUCAAGAGCUGGUCCGGGGAGUCCGAGGACAGAGAACUCCAGAAACUCAUCCCUUACAUGGAGAAACUGUCUGCAGCGGAGGAUUUUCGGGAGGUGCUGAAGAAGAGGAAGGAUCACUUCCACAGGCUGCUGUCAGAGGACUGACAGGACCCCCCCACCCCACCCCUCACCACCCCUCACCACCCCUCACCUAAACUGCUUAACAUGACUUUUACAGCUCAUGUUUGCUUUCUUUUUUUUUGCUUUGGCUAAAAAAGCAGAAUACAUUUGGAACUGGCUAACCCAAAGCCUGUUGUGUUGUGGUGGACCUGCUCGCCCUCCUCCGUUCUCCCUGAUGACUUAAAGGGACGGCAGAUCGGCAUUCCAAACAUGCUGCUGGUCGUUCAUCACUUAAACCUCUUCCCACCAAGACUCAUUCCACGGGGCAAUAAACUGCUACCCAGUGUUUGUGUAUAUUUACAUGACAAAACAUGAAAAACAUUGUUUAUAGUCCAAAUUUUUUAUUUAUUGAUUAUAUUGCUGUUAUGACUGUAAGUUUUAGAUAUGCUUUUUUUAAUGCAAUAAAAUUAUCCUUAUGAUAAUAAAUGGGGACAAAAAGCACUUUUAGCGUCAGUCCUUUCACUUGCUUUACUUUUAGCAGACUGUGUUUUGUGUUUCAGCUCUGUGACCUGAUAUUAAGUUUAAGGCUGGAGUUGUGAAGUGUGCGAAGUGAGCGAUUUGUCAGGAAAGCUGCUGCAGAUCAGACGGGGGAGGAGGAGGAUGUUAAAGUGGACAGAUGUUAAUAUCGUCAGUGAGGUAACAAUGAUACAGCAGAAUGAAACUUCACGUCUGUGUCAUCCUCUGUUAAAAUCAUGAAUUUAUACUUAUUCCACACAUACCUUCUGUUGAUGUAUUUUAUCAGACUGAUGGAUCACAGUCAGAUUUUUGUUAUGUUUUUAUCUUUUUUGACGUCUUCUCAGGGGUUUUAGCUCCAUUUCUGUGGUGUCACGACUGUGGUGUGGUGUUAACUGCAGGUUCCUUUUAAUUUAAAAAAAAAAAAAAAAAAAAAAAAAGUUCCUGCUGCCAAAACAAAGCUCAUCACUUCCUGUGCAGCAGGAAAGCAAAAGUUCAGAGGAGCAAAUGGAAAAGAUUUGUGGAAAUACGGAGGAGUCACUGUUGUGUUAAAGCAGUAAGAGGUAGAGUGCAACAGUGUGUUAAUGUAGGAAGAUUACACACACAAUUGCCAUCACAUUAAACGUUUUCCUUUAAAGUAUGUAAGGUUGUUGUCACCAUACAGGGAUAUAAACUCAUCUAUAGCACGACAGAUUCACCACAAACAUAAACACGAGAAAGUUUCACUUGUUGCUGAGGAAAACUUUCCACAGAACUAAUUCUUUGUAUUUAAUCAUAAAUAUGAACUAUACCUCUUCUGAAAAGAAUAAUGUAAUGUAAAAAGACAGAAUCACUCUGUGAAACUGGAUAACACUGGUUUACAGGUCUGUAAAUAAUUUAUUUUCAAAUAAUGUCCCAAGACGUUUCCUGGAAAAGAACCUAUGAUUCGGCUCGAAUUACAUGUAAAAUGCAGAGAGAUCAGUUCACUUCCAGCUGUUUCUAAAAGUGAAGCUAGAGACUUUCAUUCAGAAGCUAAAGAAGAAUAAAGUUUCCAAUAAGGAAUGAGGGAUAAAUAUUCACUGGAGCAAGGAAAUCCAUCUGGAAAUCAAUAAUAAACUCAACUAAAAUAAGUGUCACAACUUUGUCUCCAUUUUCCACACGUGUGUGUGUGUGUGUGUGUGUAAAAUGACUUAAAGUCAUUACACAACAGUAGUCUACACAGUAUCAGCCUGUG